UCCUCGCAAUCCUUUCUUGGUCAUUUUCUCUAAUGGCUUCAGCAAUAUCCUACAUACUGUUCCUCUCUAUAUUCUCGUCAGCGUUUGCACUGGGAGCAGCUCCACCAAGGCAGUCCAACAUAACCUUGGACACCUCUCUCUAUCCCACCACCAACCCCACAUCGUGGCUCUCACCAAAUGGACGUUUCGCCUUCGGAUUCUACCCAGAAGCCACUGGCUUCUCCAUUGGAAUAUGGCUCGUCGCAUCUCCUGAAAACUCCACUGUUAUAUGGACAGCAGACCGAGAUGAUCCACCGGUUACCAAAGAUGCUGUAUUGAAGCUAACCGAUGAAGGGCUCAGGCUCCUCCUACAACACUCCGAAGGAAGACUCAUCUCCAACAUUUCCACAAGCACCGAUGCUUCCUCUGCUUCCAUGCUCGAUUCUGGGAACUUCGUCAUCUACGACUCUAACUUUGAUGUCAUAUGGCAAACCUUCAACCAUCCAACUGACACAAUCAUGGCAGGUCAAGUGCUGCUCGCUGGAUCUGAGCUCGUUUCCAGCCUAUCAGGAACCAACCACUCGAGCGGGAACUUUCAUCUCAUCAUGCAAAAUGAUGGGAAUCUCGUUCUGUAUCCCGUGGCAUCACCAGACACUCCAUGGGAUGCUUACUGGGCCUCCGGAACAAACGGAGAUGGCUACCUGAGCUUGUAUCUCGAUGAUAAAGGUUGGCUCUACCUGCACCAGGGCAAUGUCACAUCCAAUCUAACGAGCGGCUACCGG